CUCAGCGUCCGCCGCGCGGAGGCCUCGGUCGCGGGCCGCUCCGGCCGCCGGGAGGACUGUCUCGCGUGCCCGGCGGCUCGUGCCCCGGUCGCCGCGAUGGGGCUGCAGCAGGUGUGGAGGUUUAAUUCAUUCAGAAGGACUAAUGUCAUACUGCAACAUUUGGGAAUGUCUAAGCACACAGAUGCAGCAGGAGAAGUACUAUUGGAAAGAAGAGGUUGUGCAGGAGUGAUAACACUAAACAGACCAAAGUUCCUAAAUGCACUGAAUCUUAAUAUGAUUAGGCACAUUUACCCACAGCUAAAGAAUUGGGAACAAGAUCCUGAAACUUUCCUGAUCAUUAUAAAAGGAGCUGGUGGAAAGGCUUUCUGUGCUGGGGGUGAUAUCAGAGUGAUCUCCGAAGGUGGAAAGGCAAACCAGAAGAUAGCUCAAGAUUUCUUUAGAGAAGAAUAUGUGCUGAACAAUGCCAUUGAUUCUUGCCGGAAACCAUAUGUUGCACUUAUUCAUGGAAUUACAAUGGGUGGAGGAGUUGGUCUCUCAGUUCAUGGGCAAUUCCGAGUGGCUACCGAAAAAUCUCUUUUUGCGAUGCCAGAAACAGCAAUAGGACUAUUCCCUGAUGUGGGUGGAGGUUAUUUCUUGCCACGACUUCAAGGAAAACUUGGUUACUUCCUUGCCUUAACAGGAUUCAGGCUGAAAGGAAGAGAUGUGUAUGCAGCAGGAAUUGCUACACAUUUUGUAGAUUCUGAAAAGUUGGACAUGUUGGAAGAAGAUCUGUUAGCCCUAAAAUCUCCUUCAAAAGAAAAUAUUGCAGAUGUCUUAGAUGCUUACCAUACAAAGUCCAAGAUUGAUCAAGACAAGUCUUUUAUACUUGAGGAACACAUGGACAAAAUAAACAGUUGGUUCUCGGCCAAUACUGUGGAACAGAUUAUUGAAAAUCUACAGCAGGAUGGCUCAUCCUUUGCCUUAGAACAGUUGAAGGUAAUUAAUAAAAUGUCUCCAACAUCCCUAAAGAUCACAGUAAGGCAACUCAUGGAGGGGUCUUCAAAGACCUUGCAGGAAGUAUUAACUAUGGAAUAUCGGUUGAGUCAAGCUUGUGUGGGAGGCCAUGACUUUCAUGAAGGUGUUAGGGCAGUUUUAAUAGAUAAAGACCAGAGUCCAAAGUGGAAACCAGCGGAUCUAAAAGAAGUUACUGAUGAAGACUUGAAUAAUUACUUUAAACCUCUGGGAAGUAAUGAUUUGAAAUUUUAAGGUGACUAGAUUAUCAAGGGAUCGUUUUGGAGCAAGUGUUGGCAAAGGAUAGUAUAUGGGCCAAAUCCGGCCUGCUGCCUGUUGUUUAUUUUCCCACAAGCUAGGAAUGGUUUCUGCAUUUUUAAAUGGUUGAGGGAAAAAAAACCUCAAAGACUAGUAUGACAUGAUGUGAAAAUUACAUGAAAUUUGAAUAUGGGUGUUUAUAAAUAAAGUUUAAUGGAACAUAGACUCCUCUGUUUACAUCUAUGGCUGCUUUGAGUAGUUGCAACAGCAAUUGUAUGGCCUGCAAAGCCUAAAAUAUUUACUAUCUGAUCCUUUUUAGAAAAUGUUUGCCAACCCAUUUUCCAAAA